GUCUUGCUUACAACUUUUGAAAAGCAGAGAAUACUAAACCUGGUUUUAGACCAACAGCUCAGGACCAACAGUCCUUGUUCAGGAGCGCUUGAAGCCGGUUUGGCCACUCCUCAGGCAUUCUCUUUGAGGACAUUAUUUUGAACUGCUAACCUAGAUACAGGCACUACAUAAAAGAGAUAAACAAGACGGAUUCUUCACAAAUCAAAGCAUCAUGGAACAUAGCUCAAGGCCAGGUGUGAAGUUAAACCUCAUGAAUGGUGCCCUAGUGCAGACCAGACCUAAACCCCAGGCAAGGGAGCAGUGGGCUAAUAAGUUGGAGUUUCUCUUGGCGGUGGCAGGGCACAUCAUUGGCCUGGGAAAUGUGUGGAGGUUUCCUUACUUGUGCUACAAGAAUGGAGGGGGGGCAUUUUUUGUGCCGUAUGUGCUGUUUCUCUUCACCUGUGGGAUUCCACUUUUCUUUUUGGAGACCUCACUCGGUCAGUUCACCAGUCAGGGUGGAAUUACGUGCUGGAGGAAGAUCUGCCCACUGUUUGAAGGUCUCGGUUAUGGUAGCCAAAUCGUUGUCCUCUAUACCGGAGUCUAUUACAUCAUAAUUCUGGCUUGGGCUUUCCUUUACCUCUUUUCAUCCUUCAGUUCAGAGCUGCCAUGGGCGAGCUGCAACAACUACUGGAACACAGAGAACUGCAAAGAGUUCAGCAAAAGCAACAUCACUGAAUAUUCUCCAGAGAAAAGCACGUCUCCUGUUAUUGAGUUCUGGGAGAGAAGAAUUUUGGGCUUGUCUGAGGGAAUAGAACAGAUUGGUAAUGUUAGAUGGGACUUGGCACUCUGCCUCCUGCUGGCCUGGAUCAUCUGCUACUUCUGUGUGUGGAAGGGAGUGAAGUCCACAGGCAAGGUGGUCUAUUUCACUGCUACUUUUCCCUAUUUAAUGUUGGUAGUGCUGCUGGUCCGUGGACUUACUCUUCCUGGAGCAAAAAAUGGCAUCAUAUUCUACCUCUACCCUGAUCCAACACGUCUCACAGACCCACAGGUGUGGAUGGAUGCAGGUAGUCAGAUAUUUUACUCUUAUGGAGUUUGUACAGGGGUACUGACUGCUUUGGGAAGCUACAACAAAUAUGAGAACAACUGCUACAGAGACUGUGUAUACUUGUGUUUGCUCAACAGCUUAACUAGCUUUGUGGCUGGUUUUGCUAUAUUUUCAGUCCUGGGCUUCAUGGCAGAUGAACAGGGAAUGGAUAUUUCGAUGGUUGCAGAGUCAGGUCCUGGUUUGGCGUUCAUUGCUUACCCCCGUGCUGUAGCUAUGAUGCCCUUGCCUCAGUUAUGGGCAAUCUUCUUCUUUAUCAUGAUCAUAUUCCUGGGACUGGAUAGUGAGUUUGUGUAUCAUGAAGCCCUGGUAACGGCUAUCUCGGAUAUGUAUCCUUCCUUCUUCCAAAUUGGACAUCGCCGUAAAUUUCUUCUCCUCUUCAUAAGUGCUGCCAGCUUCCUUCUUGGUCUGCUAAUGGUAACAGAGGGUGGCCUGUAUGUCUUCCAGCUUUUUGACUAUUACGCCUGUAGUGGAAUGACUCUUCUUACUUUUGCUAUCCUUCAGUCCAUCUGUGUUGGAUGGGUAUAUGGUGCAGACCGUCUCUAUGAUAGCAUUGAGGAUAUGAUUGGAUAUCGGCCCUGGCCCUUCAUGAAGUGCUGCUGGAAAUAUCUAACACCAGCUAUAUGCACAGGAACGUUUAUCUUCUCCUUGGUUAAAUACACCCCUCUGAAGUUCAACAAUAUGUAUGAGUACCCCUGGUGGGGUUAUGCGAUUGGUGGCUUCUUCACCCUUUCCUCCACCCUACUAGUUCCUCUGUGGAUGAUUUAUUUGGUUGGCACCACUCCAGGGUCUAUGCGACAGAGAGUAAGAGCCUUGUGUACUCCUGCUGAAGACCUGCCAGAUCCUAAUCGCCGAAAACAGAAGCUAAACACUGUUACGUUUGAGACAUUUACAGACCUAUUGACUUUACGAACUGUUCAUACACCCAACUCAUUACCUCACAGAGACAUUGUCUGAUUGUCCACCAUUUUAGCCUUGUUUUUGUCCUCCUGAUCUGUGACAAAUUUUGUUAACUUAUUGUUAUUUGACUGGCAUUGUAAUGAACCAGGGCCAGAACCACCAUAGAGAGUGAGGGGGGAGAAUCUACCCCAAUAAUUAGAAAUGACCACAAUGUCCCUGCCCCCCCAUAAUUUGAAAUUGCACUCCAUUACGCAGCACACUGUUUGUUGUUAGAAUGACUAAAUGGUAUUUAAAAGGUAUUUUUGUAACUUAAUGGUAACUUAACUGUAAGCAGGAGAGGUUUACUGUUCACAGAAAUAGAGCAAAAAUUCCGCCAUGAAGUGCCAGUUUUAAUGUUGAAAGAGAGUGAGGUGAGAUGAAAGUAGCAAAACAUUUAAUUUGACAACUGUUUUAUGAUAGAAAAAACGAAAGUAAAUCUAGUGAAACAAACUACUCAUUUUUUCCCUCAAAUUUAGCCAGUUUGAAUGGAAAAUAUGGUAUUAUUUACAUGAUCUGAGUAAUUCCUAACAGAAUGUAAUGAGAGAAGAAACAUUUGACAUUUUCAACAUAUUAGCCAUACAAAUUAGAGUGAAUGUGUGUAUAUUUACAAUUUUUUUCAAUUUAGAUAAUUUUCUAAUAAUACAAAAUUAUUACGUCCCAACUAGAAUUUCCUUCACUCUUCUGUUUAUAGAAUAAAUUGGUGCAACCCCCCCUCAUGUGAUGGUUAAGUAUUGAAAUAUUCAUCAAAGCAACAGUUUUUUAAUUGAUCAUACAGUUACACGAUGAAGUUCAUAUGGAGAAUAAAUUCGUAUAUAUGUGUGUUUAAAAUGAAUUGACAGGACAAGGCUUGUUUGCUUUUUAUAAAUGCAUUGAAGUGUUACCGCAAAAAGAGCCUUGAAGGCCACCCGUUACGAUUUCAGCUUUUCCCUUGAGAGUGGAGUGUGUUUGUCUGACAUGUAAAAAAAAGUGUAUAAAAUGUGAAAAUUACAAAUGAAAGUUUAGUACAACUAUUGUUUUUUUUCAGUGUUCACGUUUUUUUUUGUUUUUGUAUUUUAAACUAAAAAUAACACUAAAUUGUAUUUUUAGUUUUAUGUCAUAAUUUAUUUAAUUGAAUAAAUUAGACAAAUUAAUGACGAAAGAUUUCGUCUCUACACUUUCCUAGACUAACAUGCAAGAUCGCCAUCUUCUGGGUAACUAAUGGCAUUACAGCAAUGACAUUGACUUCUCAAUCAACCUAUAUAAACGUUUAACAUAAUGUUUAUGUUUAAUGUUCAUAAGCUCAAACAGAAAAGGUUAAUCAGAAUCAGACUUCAAAUGGACAGUCAUGAACAUUCACAU